ACCGUUUCACACGUGGAGGGGCUCGGCCGCAGCAGAGCCGCCUUGAGCUCCUCUGAGGAAAUCCUGGCCGCUGUGUCUUUCCCCUGGCAGCAGGUUCGCCGGCGAUGUCCGGUUACUACGGCGUCCGGAGGUCCUUCCUGUCGGACUCGGACUUCCACAGCACUAAGCAGUUUGCCAGCGACGCCUGCAGCCCGGGCGUGGCGAAGCCCCUCGCCUGCGAGCCCGCGGCAGGGCAGGGCCACGCGGCGCUCCUGGACCCCUGCUUCCCGGAGCCCUGCGGGGACCACCGGCCCGCCGCCCUGACCCCCGGCGGCGGCGCCCCCCUGUUCGGCGCCUCGGCCCUGCCGCCGCUGCUGCCGCCGCCCUUCCCCGGCGAUUCCGCGCACUUCGUGCUGAGGGACUCGUGGGAACAGACGGUACCAGAAGGCCUCAGCCAGCCAGACCCCGUGCCAGCCGAUGCCCUGCAGAGCCUGGCCCCCAGCAUGAACUGCCUCUCCCAGCUGGAGUCCGGGAGCACUGCCCAGCACCGGAGCUCGAGCUGGGGGGCCCCCCUGGCUGGGGUUCAGCCCUACUCGCUGCACACACUGGAGGAUCUGUACCACACACAGGGGUACCCCACCCCAGCCCCCUACCCUUUCACCUCUUUCAUGACGAUGUCCAAUGACCCACCACCCAAGGUGGGGCCCUUCUCCCCAGAUGAGGGGGCAGACACCUCUGCCCUCCAGGACCCUUCUCCGUGGACCAAAGAAGAUGGAAGCCUGACCUGGGGGGCGUAUGAGUGCCGCAGAGCUUACUGAAGGGCACCAGAGGACUUCUGUGCAUUUCUUUAAGUCUGGUUCUGUAUUCACGGAUUGUUGUGGUGUGGCCGCUUGGCGAAAACAGGAUUCUCAGGAUAAGCCAUCACUCUGCCUUUUGUUAAUGGAUGAUGGCCUUUAUUUGGGAUUCUCCCCACCAUCACUCCACUGAAACACACCACAAUGUAAAUUCUAGUUAGACGACCUGACAGUAAGAUUUCUGGGGAAGCUUAGUAACCCAUUGUAUUCUGAAUCUUCUGUUUGCUUUGAAGUACCUAUCAUUUUAGCACUGAUUUUUUUUCUUAAACUACAUUAAAAA